GCUGGACCUUGGGACACCAUAAUCCUCCUGGUCUUAUAGAUUCUCCACAAUAUGUCACCCAGCUUUUCCCACCAGUCGCAGCCCUUACAGCCAUCAUCUGGGGAAAUAGCUUCUGUAGAGAAAGGAAGCAGCCGUGCUACCAAUGCCAACUGGCAUAAAAAGGCAGGCAAACCAGCCCUACUACUGCCAUGUUCACCAUUCUCUCUCAGACCCUGACGAAGGUAGCCCAAGAGUCUUGGGAACAGUAGGGGCCCCUCCUCACAAAACAGCCUCCAGCCCAGCCCCCAAAGCCACCAUUGAGGGGAGAAAUCAUUGUAGAGAGGGAGGCCUGCCUGUCUCAUCACCAACUGGGACAACUACCCCCAAAAGAGAGAUAGACACGGAAGCCCCAGGAUUGGCAGCAUCCCCCAGACCACAGGUCCUGCUUCCAACCCAGGUCUCACAGCCAUCAUCCAAGGAGCAACUCCUAUGGAGAAGGGGCCAGCCAUCCCCACCAGCUGCCUCCCAGUGGCCAUAUACAAGCAGGCAAGCCAGCCUAACUGAAGCUGCCAGACCCCCGAGGGAGGGACAGACAAGCCAAACCCCUACCCUGUUGGCCACCAUCUCCCUUGAGACCCUGAUGGAGGCAGCACAGCACAAGAGCUUUGGGAAGAGCAAGGCUUCCAGCUCAGAGCCCUCAGCAGUCCUCCUGGAAGCAGCCCCGAUGGAGAUGCAGCCUGGCCCUGCUCCUGCAGGGGCUGCAGCCACAGCUACGGAAGACCCAGAAAAGACUUCUCGUCACCAAAGCCAUCAGCAUUCUCAGAUGGCUCAACGUCAGAAACUGUUAUGAUUUCAUCAAAGGAAAUGACAUUACAGAAGAGGCAUCACCAUCUACUUUGCUACUAUAUCACCCUGAGGAUCAUGGAACUUUUCCAUCUGACUUGCAGCUGAAACUUUCCAUGUGUUGUCUCCCUCAAAUUGCUUACUUUUCUAUUUAUAUU